AGAACCCUGACCCGGUUAUAUUAGAAAAGACUGACUGGGCUGGGGUCCCUGAGAAGCAGAGCUCCUGGCCCAUCCCAGUGUCCACACUGCUGAACUAGAGGCUGAGCUACCCAGCUCAAAACCAGGAGCCUCUGAAGAUCCUCCCAAGCCGAGAGUUCUGGUUAUCCUAAGAACAAGGCUGUUGACUGGCAUGCAGAAGGACUUCCAGACCCUACCCUUUUGGGCCAAAGCAUGCAAACUAGCUGGGCUCACUCCCCAGUCCUCUGAUGGUAAGAAACCAAUUUCUCCCAGUGGUGUACUUUGAGAGUCUGCUGAGGGACGAUGGGAAGUCUGCCCAGCAGAGAGAAAACCCUGCCAAGCCCCACCUUGAGUCUCUCUGUCAGACACCAGGGACCUCUGGCCACACAAGCAGAGAGGAGCAAGGUCACAGCCGUGGCACUGGGCAGUUUCCCAUCAGGCGGGCAGGCUGAGCUGUCUCUGAGACUGGGGGAGCCACUGACCAUCGUGUCUGAGGAUGGAGACUGGUGGAUGGUGCUGUCAGAAGUCUCAGGCAGAGAGUAUAACAUCCCAAGUGGGAACGUGGCCAAAGUCUCCCAUGGGUGGCUGUAUGAGGGCCUGAGCCGGGAGAAAGCUGAGGAACUGCUGUUGUUGCCUGGCAACUCCGGAGGGGCAUUUCUCGUCCGGGAGAGCCAGACCAGAAGAGGCUGUUACUCACUGUCAGUCCGACUCAGCCGCCCCACAUCAUGGGAUCGGAUCAGACACUACAGGAUCCACCGCCUUGACAAUGGCUGGCUGUACAUCUCACCGUGCCUCACCUUCCCCUCACUCCAGGCCCUGGUGGACCAUUACUCAGAGUUGGCAGAUGGUAUCUGUUGCCUCCUCAAGGAGCCUUGUGCCCUACAGAGGGCUGGCCCACUCCCUGGCAAGGAUAUACCCCCACCUGUGACUGUGCAGAUGACAGCGCUCAAUUGGAAUCAACUGGACAGCUCCGUGUUUCUGGAAGAACCUGCCACAGGAGAGGCAUCUCUUCUCAGCGAGGGGCUCCGGGAGUCCCUCAGCUCCUACAUCAGUCUGACUGAGGACGUCUCCUUAAACGAUGCCAAGGCCAAAGGCAGAGGACGAAAGGGGAACCAAGGCUGUGACACCUUGAACCCCAACUCAGCUCCACCUGACUGAGCACCCAGAGGCAAAGCUGUACUCCCAGGGAGGGAGGGCCGAGAUACAGAUGCGUUCAGGGUUCUACUUGGAACCUCUACAAAUUCCUUUUUUGGCGCUAAGAAGUCACUUACCUCCUCCCUGCCUACAACCUCUAGUCCAAGUGAGGGCAACUAAAAGUAAGAUCAGGGAUCCCAAGUGAAUAAACUAUAUCUGGGGUCUGACCCUGUUCAUUCCUGAGUUAGACUUCCAGCACUAGCUUCAGGCUCGGCCUGCUGAGCUCAGCAUGCAUCCCAGCUGCUCAUCACCCUACUACAGGGUAGAAACCACUACUAGCAUCAAGGAGGAAAAAAAAUCAUCGUCAGAAAAUUCAUAAGUAUCACUCAGAACACCAGUGCAAUUCAGAGGGUGAAGACAGAGUGGCUGACGGCGUACCACAGCACUUGAACCCCAGAGCAAGGAGGGCCGCUGGCAGUCUAGGUCCUCAAAUGUCCCCAAGUCCCUUCUCUUGACAGCCUUGGCUCCCAGAUCUGCCUCAUUUGGUGGCUUACCAUUCAUUUAGACCUGACCAAGCUCUCCCAACCACCCUGUUUUUGCCACCUUGUGGCCAAAUACAAAAUGACGCCCUUUGAGCCUAAUACACUGUAGGCUAGUCACUUGUCUCCAUGCUGGACAGGGGUAUUGGAAAGGUAGUAAGCCCUUCCCCCACAAUGCUAAGGCCAAGGCCAAAGUCUAUACCAACUCGAGCCCCAUUUCCCUGCUGCCCAUAAGAAGAAAGGCCUGGCUAAAGCCACUAAGGAAACAGGGAGUAGAAAGA